AUGCAAGCACCAAACGGUCCCAUUAUCAUCAUUGAUGAUGCUGAUGAAGAAAUGAUGAUCAAUGGCGAUACUUUGCCUCAUACAAUGAUCAUCUCCUCUGAAGAAGAAGAAGCCAAUUCGAAUCAAAUUGUUGAUUCCGAAGAAGAAGAAAUUGAACAAGAGAAAAUUCUAUAUAAAACCAAAGUUGCAACACGAAUUGAUUCACAAAUACAAGAAUUGAUUGGAGGUGGAAAGGUACAUGAAGCACUUGAGAGAUUUUGUGGUUUGGUUUCGGAAGGAAGUUUACAAUUUGCAAAUUUUGCAUGUGGAGGUAAAUUGGAUGAUUCGAUGAGUUUUCUUCCAGGUAUUGAAGUGCGCAAUGCAAGUGGUGAUUAUUCUGAUAAACAAAACAGUAUGAUGCUCAGUUUGCCAAUAAUAUCCAAUGAAUAUAUGAAUGAUUUGAAGAGAUUUUCCUAUACAUGUACCAAAACUAAUGUUAAUAAUCCUUACAAUUUUAUGUGUUGUGUGAAAAACAAUAAUUGGAGUCGUGCUUGGGAGCAAUUUGUAAACUCUGAGAUUAGGAACAAGUUGGGAAUUGACGAAUCUAUAAGGUUUAACAUGUAUGAAGAUUCAAUAAUGGUAUUAAGUGAAGGAUGCAGUUUCUCUGGAUCACCAAUUGACGACAAUGUUUUUUCAGCAAUGCUAAUUCAAUUGCCAUCUGAUUUUGAAUCAGAAGAUACAGAUAUUUGUGUCGAAUAUAAUGGACAUGUGGAGAAAUUCAACUUUACAGAAAAUUCCACAUUCACAACUUAUUAUAUUGCCUUUCACCCUGAUUGUGAAAUCAAAAUACCAAAAGUUACUAGAGGACACCGAGUAUUUAUGGUUUAUAUUAUGGAUUAUAAUGAAACUGAACCACCAGCUAUUGAAAAUUCUCCAUUUUUGAAUACUGUAAAGUUAAUAGUUGACCAAUUCAAAAAUGAUUCAUAUAUGAUAAGAGUAUUAGCUGAAAAAUACAAAAGACAAGAGUUGUCUUAUAGUCAUUUAAAGGGAAAAGACCAGAAUUUAGUCUCAACUCUCAAACGUUACACUGAAAAGUUUCAUGACUUGGGAAUAUUAUUGGUGAAAUUACAAAAAGAAGUUGAAGGAUCUGACGAAGAUAGAUAUGGCUCAGAUUCACCAGAUUAUUUCAUUACCAGUGCUUUAAGAAAGGAUAAACCGUCCAUUUGCAAAUACGAAAUAUCAGAGGAAAAGAUUAGUCCAGAAGAUGCCUUGGAAAAUGCCAAGUCAGUUUCGAAAAAGAAAAAGAUGGGAGAAUUAUCCCUUCGUCUUGGAAUACAAGUUGCAAUGGAAUAUCUUGCUAAAUUGUGGAGUGAAUAUAACAAGAAUAAUUCCAAUACAGAGCUUCUCAAUAAGAUUAAAAAAUACAUGGAGUAUAUUAUUGCAAAUUACAAAGAAAUGGAAGUUAAUUACCUUAAAAAACUCAAAGAUGUUGGACUUGUUAACAAACUAUUAUCUAUCAAAGGUAGCAAGUGCAGUAUUGAAGAUUUGAUUCAAUUGGAAAAAUAUUUUAACAAACAAAUCCAUCUAGCACUUCAAGGAUAUUUGAAAACAUUAGAUAUUAAUAGUGUUCUUCGUUUCGUUUCGGCUGCAGAUAGGUAUGACCUUAAAAACGAAAUUAUCAAAUACAAAUUGGAAGAGAUUUAUAGAUCACGUUGCGGUUCUGUCAAUCUUAAUUUUGAUUUAUUCAUGGAGGUUUAUAUACAAAGCAAUAUAGAAUUGGACUACAGUUCCAUGAGGAAUAUUACUUCAAAAAUCAGGAUGGAUAUUGACAAAUUGCUCUUGACAGGAAUCAAACAUAGUAACAUAACAUUCAUAUUUGAGGCGUUGAGAAGAUGUUGGACUGUAAAAACUGUUGAUAUUGAGAAUAUGCUACAGUGCAUUUCUUUUUUGAAAUUGAGUGAUUGUACUGGUUUCUUUGAUGUAAUUUCAGAAGAUUUUUGGAAGCAUGCUGAGAAAUCAAACAAAUUGAAUUUAGUUAUGAAAUUUCACAAUUACAUUGGAAAGAAUGAUAAGGAGAGAAGUAUACUUGGGCUUGUUUUGAAUAAGCUAGUUACUCUGUUACUAAAGGACGACUUUUAUGAAGUUGAUGAGCUAGUGAAAAUAUUCGAAAUUUGCUUGGCUUGUAAUAGAAAAACUGAAUUGGAAGAAUUUAUUGGUAAAAUAACAGUUGAUGGUUUUUCUAAUGGACACCAUUACAACAAACAGACUGUUUAUAGUGAAACACCGAUUUUGUUCUCCAAAAAUCAUGAAAGAACUCUAAUUACACUUGUAGGAAAAGCACAUUAUCAUCAUAUCAUUAUUCCACUCCUUUUCCAUAUUUCACAAACUCCUGAAAAUAUCAAAGAUCCUUUAAUGCAGAAACUUGUCAAGAUGUGUUUGAAUUAUUGUGAUGAUCUUACGAAUGGCAAAGAGAAAAUCCCAGUUCCAGUCACUUUUAAUCUUGGAGCAACAACUGAUUGUACAUGUUACGAUUGUCAACAGGUCAAGGUCGUUUAA